GAUGACGUCAUUAUUCGCGCGCUCUUUCAGUCAGUUGCCCGGAGUCUUCUGAGGUAAACAGUUCGAGCUAUUUCGUGAUCUGCUCCUCCUCUUUCAGUGAAGCUCCUCCCACUGCAAUUCACCAAUAAAUGCUGGAAUAUUCCCAUCAGUCUACAAGUGAAGACAAGCAUCAAACCAUCAGGAAGAGCUGAAAUCUGCAAAGUUUAUUGAUGGACAGUGAGAAGAUGAGAGAUCCAGAACACUGCAGAAUGAAACAAAGAGAUGUGUUGCUGAAGAAUGAGGAGAGUGAAGAGGAGGAGAAACAUGUCAAAACUGCAGAACAAAUUCACUCACAGACUGAAAGUGUUUCUUUACCUAAAAAGAAGUGUUUCACUUGCUGUCAGUGUGGAAAGAGUUUCAAAUACAAACAGACUUUAAAGGUUCACAUGACGAUUCACACUGGAGAGAAACCGUUCACAUGUGAUCAAUGUGAGAAGAGUUUCAGACUACAAGUUCACCUUAAGGAACACAUGAGGAUCCACACUGGAGAGAAACGGUUCACAUGUGAUCAGUGUGGAAAGAGUUUCACAUACAAUCAGAGUCUCAAGAUUCACAUGAGGACCCACACUGGAGAGAAACCGUUCACAUGUGAUCAGUGUUGGAAGAGUUUUAGUAAACAAUCACACCUUAAGGAACACAUGAGGAUCCACACUGGAGAGAAAUGGUUCACAUGUGAUCAGUGUGGGAAGAGUUUCACACUCAAAAAGAAUCUCAAGGAUCACAUAAGGAUCCACACUGGAGAGAGACCGUUCACAUGUGAUCAGUGUGGAGAGAGUUUUAGACAACGAGGAACCCUUAAGGAACACAUAAACAAGCACACUGGAGAGAAACUGCAUGAAUGUGAUCAAUGUGGCAAAACAUUUUUGAGGGCUUCAGGCCUGAAGGUCCACCUGAAAGUUCAUUCACAGGAGAAACCACAUUCAUGUUCUCUGUGUGGAAAGAGUUUUUCACAUCUGUACAGUUUAAAAGAACAUCAGAAUAGACAUACUGGUGUAAGAAAUCACGUGUGCUCUGAGUGUGGGAAGAGUUUUAUUACCACUUUAGGCUUGAAUCGGCACCAGAGGAUUCACACUGGAGAGAAACCUUACAAGUGUUCACACUGCGACAAGAGAUUCAGUCAGUCAGCAUAUAAGAAAACACACGAGUUGGUCCACACUGGAGAGAAACCAUUUCACUGCACUGUAUGUGGGAAGAGCUUCAUUCGUUCAUCUUCUCUAAGCAGGCAUGCAAAAAAAAAUCACAGUAAGUAGACCUUCAGAUCCAGUGAAGCCGCAUCCUCGCAAACAUGACAUAAAAACGUCGAACAAUAAAAUCUGUUCAAUACGGAAACUAUUCCAAUACUUCUUUCUGCAAUAUUGAUACACCAAUACCAGAUGCGAUGCGCUUUCAUUUCAUUCGGUCGUCUCAUUCACUCCAGUUAAAUAGUAUUGGUGUGACCACGUCUGAUUUUUGGUGCGGGAUUGCGCAUAAUUACUCAAUUUCGCACUCACAUCCAGAGCGCAUACACAUAAUUAAACUGCCUCUGACAUACAAGUGUUAAAACUAGCUCUUUUCACUGCUUUUUAAUGGUCAAAUACAAAAUUAUGUCACAAUGCCCAUCUUGGUAAACAGUCAUAAACAGUUCAGGAAGAAUGUGUCAUGUGUCAGGUCUUAAAGGGACAGCAGCCUAAUAAACAUGCCACUCUCUAUGUUGUUAAUGUUAAUCAAACAACAAAAGACAAAGUGAAAAUCACUAACUGCUCUUGAGGGCGAAUACAUCUUGGGCUAAUUUUCAUUUGAAAGUGAAAUAAUCCUUUGCCUUGUGUAAAUUUGGUUAUUCUGUAUUUAAUUUUUACAAUGAUUAUCCAGUGUUAUUUUAAAUAUAACUUUGUUUCUUUAUUUAGUUUCUUACCUGGAUACUACUGUUAGACCUACCUAAAAAAAUAAAAAACAUGCAAACCCCACUCAGAAAGGACUCUGGCUACUGGUGACCUUGUUGUUGUAAGUCAACAGCGCUACCCUCUGUGCCGCCAUGUAAAUGAACUGCCAAAACACAUAAAAAGUAUUCCGUUUUUAGUUGAUAAUGGUGUCAUGUAGAAGGCCCCUAAAUCUGGCCUAACUAGCCACAAUGAUUGACAGGACAAAGAAACAUUUAAAUUUGUCGCAGUGAAUAAUUUUCAGUACCAGCAGUUUUGAACUGUGAGAUUCAGAUCAUCUCAAAGAUGGAGUUCUUUCCCAAAGAACCUCAUCUAAAUGUUUUAUUCUUGUAUAUCAUUUUGAUAUAAAUUAUAUCAUUAUGCUACAAUUUUCAUUUUAUGUUGAACUGAGCUGGAUGAUGAAAUCAGUUUAUUUUUUGCAGAACUGGUUUAUAGAUGAAAUUAAUUAAUUCAGUAAUUAAUGAUCUUUACAUUGGAACUGAAUCAACUCUGAACUGACUUCAAGCUGAAAUGCAUAAUUUUUCUGUUAACACUGUAAAGCUUCUUUGUAUUAUAUAAAGUGUUAUAUAAAUAAAGGUGACUUGACUUAUG